GUAAAAAUUUUAAAAUCCCCAUUGAGGCCUAAAUUUGGCAGAAAACAUGCUUGAUAUUCAUUAUUUUCUUCUUGAGAAGGGCGGAGAACCCUGGGUUAUCAAAAAUUCCGAAAAAAAACGAGGAAAAUCCGUUGAAAUUGUGGAUCAUAUUAUUAUUUUAUAUAAGGAGUGGACAAUAGAGAGAUUUAAUCUGGAUGCGGUUAAUAGGGAUAUGAACCUUUUACAGAAAGAAAUAUCGUCAAAAAUUAAGUUAAAAGAGGAUAUAUCAUGUCUAAUAUUGAAGAAGAAGGAUAUUGAAGAGAAGAGGAAGCAUUUGGAGGCAUUGGAGGCGGAAAAACGGUGUAUUUUAUGGCAAAAGCUGAAUACAGUUGGGAAUAUAGUACAUGACUCUGUUCCUGAGAGUCAAAGCGAGGAGGAUAAUGAGGUGAUUCGUGUAUGGGGACUUGAGGGUACUGUUGAGAGGAAAUCAUUAUCUCACCAUGAAGUUUUGAUGAGAUUGGAUGGAUAUGACCCUGAAAGAGGAGUUAAAGUGGUGGGACAUCGUGGGUAUUUUCUGAAGGGAUAUGGAGUGCUUCUUAGUCAGGCAUUGAUUAAUUAUUCAUUAAAUUUUCUUAUAGAGCGGGGAUAUACAGUUUUACAGACGCCGCAGAUGAUGAAUAAGGAUAUAAUGGCUAAGACGGCAGAGCUAUGUGAUUUUGAUGAGCAGCUUUAUAAAGUGUUAGAUGGGAAUGAUGAAAAAUAUCUUAUUGCGACAUCUGAACAACCUAUUUCUGCAUUUCAUUCUGGAGAAUGGUUUGAGGAUACAUCUGAUAGACUUCCAAUAAGAUAUGCGGGGAUUAGUACAUGUUAUAGGAGAGAAUCAGGUGCUCAUGGAAAGGAUACAUGGGGAAUCUUUAGAGUUCAUCAAUUUGAAAAGGUUGAACAAUUUUUGAUUACUUCUCCAGAAUCUUCUUGGGUUUUAUUUGAAGAGAUGAUCAAUAUUGCAGAGGAAUUUUAUAAAUCUUUGAAUAUUCCUUAUAGAAUUGUUUCCAUUGUUUCUGGUGCUUUAAAUAAUGCUGCAUCAAAAAAAUAUGAUCUGGAAGCAUGGUUUCCAUUUCAAGGUGAAUAUAAGGAAUUAGUGAGUUGUUCCAAUUGCACAGAUUAUCAAUCUAGAAGUCUUGAAAUUCGAUAUGGAACUAAACGUUCAGGAGACAAAGAAAAGAAAUAUGUACAUUGUUUAAAUUCUACUUUAUGUGCAGUUACAAGAGCAUUAUGUUGUAUAUUGGAAAAUUUUCAAACUUCAGAUGGCAUAAAUAUUCCUGAACCUUUACAAGUUUAUAUGGGAGGGAAAACUUUUAUUCCUUUUGUUAAAGAUUUACCUAAUAACAAAAUUUGUCAAAAAGAUCUCUCUUAAAUACAAUUUUUUUAUAAAGCGAAUACAUUUUAAUAUCUUUU